GAAGAUUAUUAUUAUAUUAAAUUAAUUGUAGAAGAGGAAUUAUUGGUGGGAAAAAGGAAGUUGGUGGGUGUGUGUAUAAAUAAGAGUCACGAGGUCGAAACUCAUUCCCCUUGCCUUCGCCGUUCUUACUCAUUCCAUCAUUGUGGGAAAGACAAUGGAUCAGGCCAAGCCCAGAUUCCUAAUCGAAGCAACGGAAGCAGAGUCCAUGGGCCAAUCAUCGGGCCUGUCACUGACCCAACUCCUCCCAUCGCUGGUGUCGUGGGCGCAGUCGCUGGCCCGGGUCCCCAUCUCAAAGUUCCCGGUAGCAGCCGUCGGACUUGGGGCGUCGGGUCGGAUCUUUGUCGGUGUUAACGUCGAGUUCCCGGGUCUCCCUUUCCACCACACAAUCCACGCCGAACAGUUCCUCGUCGCCAACCUCGCCAUCAAUGCCGAGACUCGCCUCGAGUCCUUCGCCGUCUCCGCCGCCCCUUGCGGCCAUUGCCGGCAAUUCCUCCAAGAAAUCCGUGACGCCCCCGACAUCCAAAUCCUCAUCACAGACACCGAAGCUCCUCAACUCACCCCUCUCUCUCACUUCCUCUCUCACCGUUUUGGCCCUCACGACCUUCUCCCCAAAGGCGUUCCUCUUCUCCUCGAACCUCACAACAACGCUCUUUCCCUUCCCUCUCAUCUCACUCUCAACUACUCUAACCCUAAGUUACAGCUCGCCGCCUUAGACGCCGCCAAUCUCUCCCACGCGCCUUACAGUGGGUCCCCCUCCGGCGUCGCUCUUCUUGAUUCUCAGGGUAACCUCUACAAAGGCUCUUACAUUGAAUCCGCUGCUUAUAACCCCAGCUUGGGUCCACUCCAGGCGGCCAUCGUGGCCUUCGUCGCUGCCGGCGCCGGCGAGUACGAGGACAUCGUGGCGGCGGCGUUGGUGGAGAAGGAGGGAGCGGUUAUAACGCAGGAGCACACGGCAUGCUUGCUUCUUCAAUCCAUCUCCCCUCACUGCCACUUCAAGACCUUCCUUGCCAUUUGUUCUUCUUCUCAUCUUUCAACUUGAAUGAGUCAAUUAAUUCAUAUUUUAUAUUUGAUUUGGAAAGCACCCUCAUCUCAUGUAACCAUUUAUUUCCUCCCCAACUUAUGUUAUGGUCACCCACAUGCUGUAUAAUAAAAUUAAUCUCCUUAUUAUUAUGCCUCCCUUUUUCGAAUGGAAUUUU